ACAGAGAUUCCCUCUGAUCCCGCCCAAUAUACAGUUAACAUGCAGUAUUUAUAACACACAAAAACACACACACACACACACACAUCCAUUUGCCACAAAUAAAUAGCUACUAACUCACGCAGACACACACACACACCAGACAGACAAACAAGACCAAACAAACGGAGCAACUUAUACGGACUGGCGCGCCCCACCCACACUAAUGGGCCCGGGCGGGCGUCGCGGGGAGGCUGCGGAGCGAGCCCAUCACACAGCAGGCGGGGGCGUGAGAGGCAGCUGUCUCUGUAGCAUAUGCUCGCAGCAGCGGGGAGAGUCUGGCUGAAUGAGCGAUUGUGUGGCGGGCUCUGGCUGCUUGUCUGUGUGAAUGAGGACAGGCGGACUGCCUUAACUCAGCCUGACGGCGGCACUAAGAGGACCCGGCUGCACGGGAGCUCAGUGCUCUCGGACCGACAUGCUGGCUAACCGAGACCCCCUGUUUCUGACGGGGGUCACCUUCCCUCCGGAGCAGCCGGCCAGCCCAGAGACGCUGGUCAAACUAACCGUCUACGAUGUGAAGGACAAGAGCCGCCAAGCUAGCGUGUUCCUGGGGAGCGCAACCUUUUCUGUGGGUGAUCUGCUGAGGGCCACGGACCAGCGUCUGACCAUAAACCUCAGGUCCUCUGAUGGUGUGUGUGCGGGGGGCUCGGUGGUGGUGAGUCGUCUGAGGGUAGGGGAGAUGGAGGAGGCGGAUAUGGACCACAUCACAACAGACGCCGCGGCGCAGAAGUGUGCCAUGGUGUGUGAGUCCUCGUCCCACGCCUGCGUCAACAGAGAGAGCUGCCUGGCUACAGGACCCGUGUUCAAGAACCCUGUAUGCAAGGUGUACAGGUUCCAGACAGUGGACAGCAAGUGGAUGCUGGUCCGAGAACAAAUGGAGGAAUGCACUCUCUCCUUCAGCCUGCCCAAGCAGCUGCUGUCCUUGUACAUUCAGGAAGACACGACAAGGGUACAGGAGCUCAGAGACCUGGGGGAUCUGUCGCCCCACUGGGACACUCUGAGGAGGGAGGUGAUCACACAGUAUGGAGGCCUAGUCAGCUCCUACCAGGACACGCUGGCCCAACUGGAGAAAAUCACUGGUCCUUCCUUCAAGCCGAGCUGCUGCAAAACCCAGAAGUCUCUGGAGUUUAUCCCAAUCAACCUCCACACACAGAGGAUGAUGGUGACCUGCCCCAGAAAAUCAGACGCUGCCUACGACGUGGUCACAGUGGGCGCUCCGGCAGCCCACUACCAGGGAUUCAAGAAUGGCGGGCUGCAGAAACUUCUGAGCCGCUACCAAGCCGAGAAGAAGAGCUUCAGCACAGCUUAUCAGUGUAUCUACUACUCUCCGGAGCACACGGCCAAGGCCCAGGAGGUGCUGACCACAAUGGGCCUGCUCCAGCCCCUCAUCUCCAGCCUGGCAGACCAGCUCCUGCAGGCAGCCCAGGAGCACUCUCGCCCUGGGCUGACCCUGGCCCUAAAGAACCUGGCAGACAAGACGGAGCAAUUCGUCCACGCCCUGAACGAUGAGAUGGUCAAGAGUGCCCUGCUGGCACUGCACGCCGCACGGCCAGGCUUCGUGUCUCAGACCCCGGGUAAGGGCCACGCGCAGGCAGGCCAACACCACCACCAGCAGCACCAGCACCACCACCCCAGCCAGGACUCUAGCCCCAGCGCCGGCAGCCCGGCCCCGAAGAAGCAGCUCCCAGGCCACAGCCCCUCGGUGGUGAUCGGGCCGGCCAGUGCGGAGAGCCCCGUGGUGUGCAACAACAACGUGACGGAGCUGAGGGGGGUGGAGGAUGGAGAGGGCGGGGCGGGGCCGAAGAAGCAGGACUCCAUACCGCACCACAACGAAUACGACGAGGAGGAGUGGGACAGAGUUUGGGCCAACGUUGCCAAAAGUCUCAACUGUGUGAUCGCCAUGGUAGAUAAACUCCAGGAGCAAGACAACAACAACCGGGAGCUAAUCCCUGACCAGCAGCUCGCUGAUGUCAUCACCUCCCACAAUCCUGGGGACUGGAAGGAGCAACUGCGCCCUCCGGUGGCCAGGCUGAGGGAGUGCGUGGUGGACGUGGUAGAGCGGGCUAAGAGGGCCAUGACCUUCGUGCUGCUGCAGGAGACAGCCUGCAGUGUGCCCCAAGGCCUGCAUCUCCAGCACAGGAGGGACGUGGUCUUCAGUCAGGCAUUGUCUGCGCUGGCCUGUGGGUUCGUCAUGCGGCUGUCUGCUGGCAUGCAGGACGAGGGCUUCCUGAAGCAGCUCCAUCUGGUGGGGGUGCUGGCCCAGUUUGAGAGCCUGCUGAGCACCUACAGUGAGGAGAUCGGCAUGCUGGAAGACAUGGAGAUCGGGAUCUCGGAUCUGCACAGAGUGUCCUUCAAGAUCACAGAGGCCAAGACGGACGACCUCAGUGACCGCCAGCCUUCCAUCUGCGGCCGGCGAGACCACUACACUGUCGAAGUCCCAUUACCCCGGCUGGCUUUCCACAGUCUGCCUGAGGAAAUCAAGGACGGCCGGCCUCUAAGAGUUUUCCCAGUUCUGUUUAAUGUGGGAAUUAAUGAACAACAAACUCUAGCUGAGAGGUUUGGAGACAUCUCCCUCCAAGAGAGAAUAAACCAGAGGAACUUUGACAUUUUAGAAGUUUAUUACAAAUCGUUAAGUGAGAAAUUACCAGUAGAAUGUCUACCGUGUUUUCAGACACACUCUGAUGUAAAGGAGUUACUUGAAUCGCUGCGACAGAAUGUAGUGAUGAAGAAGAGGAAGAAUGUGGAAAUACUAUGGCUCGCCGGCACGAUCUGUCGGCGGCUGAACGGCGUCAGGUUCACCAGCUGUAAAAGUGCCAAAGACCGGACGGCCAUGUCUGUAACCUUGGAGCAGUGUGCCCUGCUGCGUGACGAGCACCAGCUCAGCAAGGACUACUUUGCGCGUGCGCUGGACUGUAUGCGAAGUCGGCUGACCCAGGGAGACGUGGCCCACGGGGAAGACCCCGAGGCGGGCUCCAGCGAGAGGAAACCUCCCUCGCGACACUUUUACCCCAUAGCCCUGCUGCUGGUUAGCUCCCACCUGCUGGUCGUCUGGCUCAUUUUAAGUCUUGUUUUUCUGCUUGCUAAAUAUCAAUAAAUCCCUGACAACACCAUAUAACUGGCUUGCUCCUGUUUUUCCUUUGGUGUUUAUAUUAAAGAUAUGUGUCUGUGUGUAUAUAUAUACACACACAGACACAUAAAUAUUUGUACAUUGUGCUGGAAAUCCUUUGAACUAUAUUGACAACGCAUCUCAGUAUAAACUUACAGAUAAACUUAUUAUAAUAAAGGGUAAAAAUAGUAUAAAAGAAAACUAGUCUCUGCAGAAAGGCCACACAACAUGAAAAGCAUGCAAAGGUUGAAGAGCUGUAGUAUACCACGGCAGUUGUUUGAGGCACAGCUGCAGAUAGGGUUGCCACUACUCCUUCUACCCUUCCCAGGCAUGCAGCUCAUGGUAUUCAGCCCUGGCUGUCUCAGUUCACCUCAAGGGCGAUGAGCGAGGUUCAAACUAAUAACCAAGUGGUCUCAGUCAACCUGGUCUCACCGGAAUCCGUGAAAUGACUACGGUCGGACGCUUAACUCGAAAUCCGUGGACACAUCACGGAAACACGCCGAUUUCCUUGAUGUGGCCACGGAAUUCGCUCCAAUGCAAGUUAAUGACGCUGAUGUUCCGUGGCUCAGACACGGAUCCCCGUUUCAACGAGCGAGUCGACCAUGGGGGCUUAACUCAAAACCCGGGGUGGUCUCACUGAAACACUUAAAUUGUCCUAGUUGUGUACCCGGAAGUUGCUCCAAUGCAAGUAAAUGACAAUGAUAUUCCGUGACACACACACAGAUUCCCGUUUCAAUCUGUGUGUGUGCCACAUUUGACCACAGCGGGGGCUUAACUCAAAAUCCGCGGUGGUCUGACGGAAUCACUUCAAUUGUCCGUGAUGUGGCCACGGAAUUUGCUCCAAUGCAAGUAAAUGACACUUAUUCCGUGGCUCACACACGGAUAUCGGCGUGUUUCCGUGAUGUGUCCACGGAUUUCGAGUUAAGCGUCCGACCGUAGUCAUUUCACGGAUUCCUGUGAGACCAUGUUGUCUCAGUGUUUGAAUGUCUUAUGGAAAUGUCCAAGCUGAUCCGUCUGAUCGCUGCAUUAAAACAGUGUGAGCCAUUGUUGCCUCUCAUUUUGCUGGUAUGCCCCAAUCUCGGUAGGACUUCCGCUUUUGGGGCUUUGGCUACCGCAUCCUGCUCCCGCUCCUGAUGUCAGGAAACCUUUGAUGAUGGGAACUAGCCACACUCGGGAUGAGUUUGAUGAAAUCCAUCUGAAUCGGUGGUUCGAAAUUCAGCGACCAACGUUGAUAUUGGCGCAGAUUUCGCAUGCACCACAAACACUUUUAGGGUCAUUGGUGAAACCCUUUGUGUACCAAUGAUUGCCUGAGGAUGUUAGGAAGUCCCUAUGUUUCAACAGAGUGACUAAAUCAUGUACCAGGCCAAAUACAUAGCGAAUGUCUGUGUGAAUGUCAGCUGAUUUACCUUCAGCCCUCAGUUGCCCUCAAGGGGCGAUGAGUGCGGUACAAACAGUGAAAUGGGUACUAUGGUUAAUAACUAAGGUGUUUCAGGGUCUUAGCGCCAUGCAAACUACAUGUCUCAUCGAAAUUUACAUUUGAAUAUAUAAGUAUAUUUGAGUAUGUAUAUAUGUGAAUAUAUUUGUGUGUGUAUAUAUAUAUAUUAUUUUUUUUAUACUAUUUAUUUUAAGGUGUUAAUAUCUAAUUGGCAUAGAUUGGCUGUGAAUCUCUCGGUGGAGGGAAAAACCAACUAAGGGCGUGUUCACAUCUAGCAUUUUUUGUAAUAGGGAAAAGUUGAGCCGACCGCUUAAAAAAAUAAAGAAACUGGCAGGGUUUUUUGUCCUAAAAGCGCCGAUAGCGUUUUUUCUAUCGCCUAGCAAUGAACCCAUUCUAGACCCGUCGUUACUCGCCUACUAUGUAUCCAGGAUAGAGCCGAUUAGACAUGUCGUAGAUCUGGACAUUUUCUGUAAUUACAACUAUUAAUCGCUCCGACGGCACUUUCCACUUUUUUUUGUUUCUUGUUUUGACAGUUGAGAGUUUCCUUUGUGACGAAGUGUCAAUGUUCCGCUUGUGAUUGGUCAGUUGCCCAAAAGACGCCUGACGUCGGCCGCUUUCUUCAACAGACAUUUACAUAAACCGUCUGGCGUUAUAGUUGAUUUGCCUCGGUUCUGGAGUGGGUAAGACUGUUUUAUUAGCAGGCUAGUAUUGCCCGUUGCCGUGCACUAGCCUAGCACGAGCAAACUCUGCCACUAGAAGGACUGAAUGAAAUGUGUUAAACUGUCUCCAAUGAUAAAGAACACCAAGGCUAACUUGGGAAUCAGGCCCUAUGUCCAAAAUUCCGAACUACCCCUUUAAGAGAAGCUGGGUUGACUAUCAGAAAUAUAAAUAUUGAUUGAGAGCAUGUGUGUCCACCUUCUAGCUCCAUCUGAUCACCCUCAAUUCUCACUCAUGUAUUUAUUUCAUAGAGGGGAAUUUCACUUUCAGUUAGUUUCACUAAGUACAUGUAAAUGCAUACAAAUACAAUUAAGCCACUGGUAAUAUUCAUGGUAUUGCUUUGUAAUACCAUGAAUGAUAAUAACUGAAAAUAAAAUAUAAUAUCCAACUAAGUGGCUAUAAUCCCUGUUUUAAUAAAAAUGCUUAUUUACCUACAGCCCAUCUAGCAUUUCCACAGUAACACAACCAAUGUCAGUGAACAGCUCCUUAGUCAUCAUUUCCAAAA